AGCGCCUUCUGGCUGCUAUUUGUGUCUCGUCCAGUCAGCCGUGCGGUGCCCCAACUAUUGCAGACUCGCCUCGCAUUCCAAAUCGACAUCAAAAUGCUACUCUGUCGCAUCGUGGUGGCAUUGAUGCUGCUGCUACUGCUCCACUACGGCGGCGCAGAGGAGCAGGCCACAGAUGAACCACAGUCAACGCCCGCCAUCCAUCGAUCCAAUGGCCGAGCGGGCUCAUCGCUGCUGUCGCAUAGCGAUGCCUACAUAGCGCGCAACCAGCGUCAGUGCUUCGACACUCGCAAUCUGAUGUCCUGCAUCAAGUACAAGGCCUCGAAGCUAAUCUGGAAACUGGCCACCAAUGGCAUGGGCUUUUUCCCCAACGAAUAUGGACGUGAUUUGGCCGCGGAUAAGCACCGCCUCCUGCGGCUGGUCCAGUUGGGGGAGCCGGCCGACGAUAUUGUGGUGUUCAACGACGCCAAGAGCUUGGAAGGUGACAGCGAACUGACGCUCAUCUUCAAGUUCCUCAAGCGGGCGGUGGAGACCUUCGGUCGCAACCACGGCCUCCAGUUGGCGUUAUCCAGCGAGACAGGCGCCCGCGUCAUGGACGAGUCGGAGGCGCGUCUGAAGAAGAAGAAGAGGAAGUGGCUCAUUAUCCUGCCGCUGGUCAUUCUGAUGAAAAUCGCACACCUGAAAAUGACUCUGGUGUCCAUGCUAUUGACUGUAAUCGGCAUGAACGUGCUCUUGGUUGGCGGCGUGGGCUGGCUGAUUCACUACCUGAAGUACAAGACCAUGUGCAAGAUCCAUCCGCACCUGGUGCAGACGCACUCGCAUGUCUACGACUCGGAGCCCUCUGACUACUCGCAGUUUGUGGGCGGCAGCAGCUUCUCCAACUCCUACUCCCCCUACAGCUCUGGGGCUGGUGCCGGGCACGAUGGCAAUAACUAUAGCAAGGACUGGGCCACGAAUAAGGCCUACAAUGGCUACAACUAUCUGGACACAAUAAGCAAGAGGAUACAGUAGACCGAAGUGGAUUCGUGCCAGAGCCAGAAAUGUGUGCGCCUAGUAAAAUUCUCAUCGUCAGUGU